CAGUGACGUGCGCCAGGCCAGGCUGGGGCCGAGGGCGGAGGCCGGGCAGGAACGGCAGGCCGGGGGCGGCCGCGGGCAGCACCCAGCAGUGAGGCCGGCACCUCCCGCCGGGCAUGAGCGCCCCGGGGCCCCCAGCAAGGCCAUAGCUGGCGGGCGCCAUGGACUGCAGCCUCGUGCGGACGCUCGUGCGCAGAUAUUGUGCCGGUGAGGAGAGCUGGGUGGACAGCCGCACGGUGUAUGUGGGCCACAAGGAGCCGCCGCCGGGCACCGAGGCCUACAUCCCCCAGCGCUACCCCGACAACCGGAUUGUGUCCUCCAAGUACACCUUCUGGAGCUUCAUCCCCAAGAACCUGUUUGAACAGUUCCGCAGAAUUGCCAACUUCUACUUCCUCAUCAUCUUCUUGGUCCAGCUCAUCAUCGACACGCCCACCAGCCCCGUGACCAGUGGGCUGCCUCUGUUCUUCGUCAUCACCGUCACGGCCAUCAAGCAGGGUUAUGAGGACUGGCUGCGGCACAAGGCGGAUAAGGCCAUGAACCAGUGUCCCGUCCACUUCAUCCAGCACGGACGGCUGGUGCGGAAACAGAGCAGAAAGCUGCAGGUGGGGGACAUCGUGAUGGUGAAGGAGGAUGAGAGUUUUCCCUGUGACCUCGUCUUCCUGUCCAGCAGCCGAGGGGACGGGACCUGCCACGUGACCACGGCCAGCCUGGAUGGCGAGUCCAGCCACAAGACCCACUACGCAGUGCAGGACACCAAGGGCUUCCACACGGAGGAGGACGUGGACAGCCUGCACGCCACCAUCGAGUGUGAGCAGCCCCAGCCGGACCUCUACAAGUUUGUGGGCCGCAUCAACGUGUACAGUGACCUGAGGGAGCCUGUGGUGCGGCCUCUGGGGUCGGAAAACCUGCUCCUCCGAGGAGCCACGCUCAAGAACACGGAGAAAGUCUUUGGUGUGGCCAUCUACACUGGCAUGGAGACCAAGAUGGCCUUGAACUACCAGUCCAAGUCACAGAAGCGCUCCGCUGUGGAGAAGUCCAUGAACGCCUUCCUGGUGGUCUACCUGUGCAUCCUCAUCAGCAAGGCCCUGGUCAACACGGCCCUCAAAUACGUGUGGCAGAGCUGGCCUCAGCAGGACGAGCCCUGGUACAGCCAGAAGACCGCCGCCGAGCGCCAGCGCAACCUGUUCCUGAGUGCCUUCACGGACUUCCUGGCCUUCAUGGUCCUGUUCAACUACAUCAUCCCGGUGUCCAUGUACGUCACGGUGGAGCUGCAGAAGUUCCUGGGCUCCUACUUCCUGGCCUGGGAUCAGCUCAUGCUUGAUGAGGACAGCGGAGAGGGGCCCCUGGUCAACACCUCGGACCUCAACGAGGAGCUGGGCCAGGUGGAGUACGUGUUCACAGACAAGACGGGCACGCUGACGGAGAACAACAUGGAGUUCCGGGAGUGCUGCAUCGAGGGCCAGGUGUACGUGCCCCACGCCAUCUGCAACGGCCAGGUGCUGCCCGGGUCCUCAGGCAUCGACAUGAUUGACUCCUCCCCCGGUAUCAGCGGGAAGGAGCAAGAGGAGCUGUUUUUCCGGGCCCUCUGCCUCUGCCACACCGUCCAGGUGAAGGAGGAGGACGAGCCUGACGGCCCCCACAAGCCCCCGGACGGCAAGUCUUGCGUGUACAUCUCGUCCUCGCCCGAUGAGGUGGCCCUGGUGGAAGGCAUCCAGAGGCUGGGCUUCACCUACCUGCGGCUCAGAGACAACCACAUGGAGAUUCUCAACAGGGACAAUGACAUCGAGAGGUUUGAGCUGCUGGAGGUCCUGAGCUUCGACUCCGUGCGGAGAAGGAUGAGCGUGAUUGUGCGGGCAGCCACAGGGGACAUCUUUCUGUUCUGCAAGGGAGCGGACUCCUCCAUCUUCCCCAGAGUGGUGGAGGGCAAGGUAGAGCAGGUGCGAGCCCGCGUGGAGCACAAUGCUGUGGAGGGGCUGCGCACCCUGUGUGUGGCCUACAAGCGGCUGGGCCCCGAGGAGUUCGCGGCCGUGAGUGCCCGGCUUCAGGAGGCCAAGGUGGCACUGCAGGGCCGUGAGCAGAAGCUGGCCGAGGCCUACGAGCUCGUGGAGACGGACCUCACCUUGCUGGGCGCCACGGCUGUGGAGGACCGGCUGCAGGAGAAGGCGGCGGACACCAUCGAGGCACUGCAGAAGGCGGGCAUCAAGGUGUGGGUGCUCACGGGCGACAAGAUGGAGACGGCCUCGGCCACCUGCUACGCCUGCAAGCUCUUCGGGCCGGGCACGCGGCUGCUGGAGCUGACCACCAAGCGCGUGGGGGAGCAGGGCCUGCGCGACGUGCUUCUCGAGCUCAGCAAGACCGUGCUGCGUGGCGGGGCCCUGCCUCGGGACAGCACCUCAGGCCUCUCUGCGGAGCUGCAGGACUUUGGGCUGAUCAUCGACGGGGCGGCCCUGUCCCUCAUCAUGAAGCCGCCCGAGGACCCGGCGGCCGGCAGCUACCGAGAGCUCUUCCUGGCCGUGUGUCGGAACUGCAGCGCCGUGCUGUGCUGCCGCAUGGCGCCCCUGCAGAAGGCACAGAUCGUGAAGCUCAUAAAGUUGUCCAAGGAGCACCCCAUCACCCUGGCCAUCGGCGAUGGGGCCAAUGACGUCAGCAUGAUCCUGGAGGCUCACGUGGGCAUUGGCAUCAUCGGCAAGGAGGGCCGCCAGGCGGCCAGGAACAGCGACUAUGCCGUCCCCAAGUUCAAGCACCUGCAGAGGCUGCUGCUGGUCCACGGCCACCUCUACUACGUGCGCAUCUCCGAGCUGGUGCAGUACUUCUUCUACAAGAAUGUCUGCUUCAUCUUCCCUCAGUUCCUGUACCAGUUUUUCUGCGGGUUCUCGCAGCAGACGCUGUAUGACACGGCCUACCUGACGCUGUACAACAUCAGCUUCACGUCACUGCCCAUCCUGCUGUACAGCCUCCUGGAGCAGCAUGUGAGCGUGGACACACUGGCCAGGGACCCCGGCCUCUACAGGGACGUGGCCAAGAACGCUCUCCUCCGCUGGCGGACUUUCUUCUACUGGACUUUCCUGGGCGUGUUUGACGCUCUUGUCUUUUUCUUCGGUGCUUAUUUCCUGCUGGAGGACACGGCGGUCACCAGCCAUGGCCAGAUCUUUGGCAACUGGACGUUCGGGACUCUGGUGUUCACGGUGAUGGUCUUCACGGUCACUCUCAAGCUGGCGCUGGACACACAGUACUGGACCUGGGUCAACCACCUUGUCAUCUGGGGCUCCCUCCUGUUCUACGUGGCCUUCUCCCUGCUCUGGGGGGGCGUCAUCUGGCCUUUCCUCAGCUCCCAGAGGAUGUACCACGUCUUCCUCCAGCUGCUGUCCGGGGCACCCGCCUGGCUGGCCAUCACCCUGCUGGUCACCGUCAGCCUCCUGCCCGACGUCCUCAAGAAGGUCCUGUGUUACCAGCUGUGGCCCAGCGCCACCCAGAGGGCACAGGUGAGGGGGAAGACGCGGAAGCGGUGCCUUUCUGUGGAGCAGUCCGCCAUCUUCAUGCUCUCUCAGACCUCCAGCUCUCUGCCUUUCUGAAACAGGCAGAAGGCGCCCGCCAGGGGCCCCCCCCCCGAUUGAGCUGGCUGCCCUGCCCACAGAGCCCCGGCCCCCGCCAUGAGCGCUGACCGCCCUGCCCGGCCCGGCUGAGGCCCUGGACUCCGGUGGAUGCUCCCCAGGCCGUACCUCCCAGAGCACAAGUGUGGGUGCCGGUCCUCCCGGGAGCCUCAGCGCGCCGCAGGGGGGAGGCGUGACUGGAGGCCCCCUCCCCACAAGCACAGAGCCCCACCCCCGGCUCUCACCUCUUGGACGCCGGCCGCUAGACGCCGGCCGCUCACCCCGAGCCAUGCCCACCUGUGCCUGGUGGCCUAGCGGGAGUCCCUGCGCCCCACCCCUGUCCCCUCUCCUGCAGGGCAGUGUGCACCGGGCGUGGGCUGACCCUGGGCGUCCUCACGGAAGUAGCCUUCGCCCCCAGGGGGCAAGCUGGGACCUGAUGCCCACGGCCACCCUGACCAACCUUGCUGUGAGCUGUCCCCUGCCCUCUGUCCCCUCUGAGUGGACACGGCCUGCCGGACACAAGCGCCUUAAGGCCCCGGCCACUACGGUCCAGGUUCGGGCCGCGCCUGGGGACAUUCCCAGUCCUGCCGCCCGGCCACUGGGCCCUUCAUGCUGUGGACGGAGGCCGGCUGGGCCCCGGUGCCCGCGGAGGGGUGGUCACCAUACCAAAGACCCGGAGGUCGAACCGGUACCUCGAGCCGCCAGCCUGAACCCCUCGUCCCCGCGUCUGCCACCCCUUCCCUUGCCCCCAUGAUGGUGUCUCUGCCCCACAUGGUGUCCCAGGCCUGGGGGGACCGUCCCCCCGAGUCUUGCUGACAAAUCCUUUGUAAGGUAUUUUUUUAGAAACCUCACAAUGGCCUUUGCACUGAAGUAUUUUCAUAGCUGUUUUUACCUUUUUUCUUCUUUCUUUUUUUUCUUUUUUUUUUCUUGGUCAAACACACCAUAUCUGAUUUUUUAAAGUAUUUUUUUAAGCCUUUUUUUUAAGUUGGUGAAACAACGCUGGAGUUCUGGCGAGCGUUGUGAGCAGGGUGUCCUCCCGCUGGGGGCCUGGCCCCACCCGGCCUCGGUCUGCUCUGUGUCCCCACCUGGGUUUCGCUUUCUGUGCCCAUCCUUGAGCCUUAAGGGCAGCCUCCUCUCCCUUCGAGGACGGCCCCAUGGGGUGCACCCCACUACGAAACAGAAGCUGUGUGAGCUGGGGCUUGGGGACAAGGGCCAGGAGGGAGAGGGGCCCCCAGGACCAGCUGGCCAGUGGUUCGGCCCCUGAGUUCUCCCCUCAGGGACCCUUGGUUGCUCCCCCCACAUGGACCGGGACUCCCCCCGCUGCUGUGUCCCCUCAGAGUUCUGCUGGACCUCCUGCCCUGUAGUCCCCAUGUCCUGUCCCUGCCCUUCCCUCUCCAGGUGCCCAGGGUCUGUGAGGGGCUGGGCUGAAGCCCCCCACACCUCCACACCCCUUCAGCGGCCCUGGGGGCACAGAGCAGCCUAGCUCCCAGCCCCCAUCACCGCUGGCUACAGAAAUACCUGAGAAUCACUUCUGGCCCCAGAAGCUGUCUGAGAGUCCUGGGGACUCCUGCCUGGGCGGAGACCCCCAUGCCCACAGAGGCAGCCCCAGGGAGGGCCGGGGGACCUUCUCAGCCGUGGGAGGGGCUCCCCAGCACGUUCUGGAAGCUUCUGCAUCCUGUCCCGCUGGCUGGGCCAGCCGGGAGCAGCUACGCCGACUGUCUCAGAGCCCACGUCACACGCCACACUCCCGCGACCCCUGUGUGUCACUGCCCCCAGCAGACUGGGGGGCUUCUCCUGGGCCUGGCCUGCAGAGCUGUGGUGAGGACACACGGACUCUCAGGAAAGCGUGCUUCAACUCUGCAGAAAACACGCCUGCGGGUGAGACUCUAAGCUCUUACUUUCACCUCGUGGAAACACCCAUAUCACUCCAUCUCGUCCCGAGCUGAGCUCCUGUGUCCCCGUCCCCUGGCCCGCCGAACCCGUGUGUCUGCGGCGAACGUCUCUGUACCGUCAGCCCUCGGCUCUGGAGUCACCGUGACCCGGUGAGGCCAGCAGGUGCGUCCAGACUCCGGCAGCCUCCGGCUCUGACCCCUGAUCCGCUGACCGCUCUGGACAAUUAAAUGUGACUUAGACCAGU